AUGUUGAAAGAGAUAAAGAUAAAACAAGAAAUAAUAUCAGAAGUGGCUCCAUGGACAAUGAAGAUACCAGAAAUAGACCUAUCAAUCACCAAAUAUGAAAAAAACACAGAAGAAUGCAAAAUAAAAUAUGAAAUUAUAGAAACAAAUCAAAAUUGUAUAGCAAUAUACACUGAUGGUUCCAAAAAGGCAAAUUCAACAUCAUCAGCAGUUGGGAUCCCCAGCAAAAAGCAUACAAUACUACAACAUUUACCCCAAUAUGCAUCAAUAUACACAGCGGAACUCACAGCAAUAGAAAUGGCACUUAACUAUAUUAUAAGAAACAACAAUACCAAGUAUAUAAUAUUUACAGACUCCUUAUCUAGCCUAAUAGCAAUAAAACAUCAUAGACCCAAUAACCCAUUAAUAAUAGUGAUUCAAAAUUUAAUACAUCAAAACAUAAUAACAAAUAACAAUAAUAUCAACAAGGUGUGGGUACCAAGUCAUAUUGGAAUAAAAGAAAAUGAAAAAGCAGAUACAGCAGCGAAUUUAGCUCAUGGUCUUCCAAUAUCUAAUAUACCAAUACCAUUUACUGACAUCAAAACAAUAAUAAAAGGGUACACCAACUCUCUAUGGCAACAGGGAUGGAACGAAACGAAAAAGUUUCUCAAAAUAUCAACUCCAAAAAUUCCGUUCAAAGAAUUAAAAAAUAUAAAUAUGCCGAGACUACAUCAAACAGUUGUAAAUAAAAUAAAGAUUGGUCACACAAAAAUAACUCAUUCAUGGAUAUUAGAGAAAAUAAAGCAAAAAAACUGUGAAACAUGCAGAACAAAACUGACAGUUCAUCACAUCAUCCUUGAGUGUAUCAAAUAUAGCGACCAAAGAAAACGACAUAACAUUCCAACGAAUAUGCAAGAAGUAGUUCUUAACCAAAUGAACAUAUAG